GGCUCAUGCCUGUGUGUCUCAGCAGGGCGUGGGGCCGACCUCAGGCACUGGGAGUAUCCAGGCACCCUUGCUCUGAGAUACCAAGCCUGAGGUGCUAGGGGAGUUAUUUGCAUCUCUUUACUUUUCAAGUUGGCACCAUAUUGCAAUUGCCGGAGAAAUGUGUUCUGUUUGAGCUCAGCUAGUGAAACGGUGCCGCUGCUUCACAGGAGCGGGCAGGUCUUCCGAGCCCUGUGGCAGACGACGGAUCUACGGCUCCCUUGGUUCAGGUCCGUCGCCGUGCGGCCUGACUGACCGUGGGCGCGGAGAAGGCCACGGAGCUUGGCCUCCAGGCGUCAGCAGUACGGCGCGUCGCGGCGACCAGGUCCGGGGCAAGGUUCUGGCCCGAGCGCAGACCCGAGGUGCCGAGGUUCCCCUCGCGACGGCCCGGGGCGGUGCCGAGGGCGGGCCGAGCGUGAAUGGUGGGAACAGGAGCCAGUAAGGACCCGGCCUGGGCGGACCUGGGCGGGGCCUUCAGCCGGCCUGCGGGGGCGGGACCGAGGCGGCCCGAGGGGGCCCCGGGAGACCCACAGCUCCGGGGAGAGGACGAGAACUUCGCAGCCCAGCCGCGGAGAUAGCGUCCGGACGUUGGCAGUAUAAGAAGAAAAGAACAUGAAGUAACAAAUACAGAGUCAUGUUUAUUGGGUGGAUCUGGAAGUACAAAAAUGGUUUACAUGUUGAAACGAGUGUCAUGAGGAAACCAUCUGUGACAGAAAAACAAUGCUCAGUUUAAGUUACCAAGGACAAGAUAAAAGAACUCGUAUCCACUGGAGCCCCUUCUUCCUUCUCAUUCAUCUGAGGACUCCUUUUCUUGUUUCAAGGACAAGAAGGAUUAUUCAAGAAUAAUUGAAUUGUAGUCAUUUCCAACAAGGAUGGAUGAUCAAAAUUGUUCUUUUUAAAAAAAGAAUUUUCCAAGUUAAACAUGAAAGGAAAAUACUGAAAUCAUGUGAACUCUGACAGGAUAAAGAAUCCAGUAUUUCACAGUUACUUGUAAUGGAACUGUUGUAGGAUUCAUCACUUCUCAUGCACCCAACUGGGAACAUGGAUGUUGGUUUUUCUCGUUCUGCUGUUCAGACACUGUCAAGAAGCCACUGCAAAAACAUCAAACAAAAAAUUUCUCAGUGGGAAGGAAGAGCAAAUGGUGUAUCUAAUCCAGAAAAGUGGCAUCUAAAGGACUUCGGAGUGAGAUAUAAUAAUUGUCACCAAGAGAUUCUUCCUAAGAAAAAUCCUGUUGCUGAGGGAAAGAGCAAAAAGUUGGAUGUAGCCCGCUCUCAAAACGUGGGUCUGGAUAUAAAUGAAAAUGCCAAAAGCUGUGAUGAAAAUGAGGAUGGAAUUGAGCAACAUGACACACGAUUGUUUAAAAAUGAAUCAGAAUCCAGUUGGGUCUGUUCUCAAGUCAAACAAAUUGAAAGUUGUAAAGAAGUUAUUUUAGAUCCAGAAACUUCAUUACCUCCAGGAAACUUCUAUACUUCACAAAUAUUGUGGAAGAAAAUAGAAACAGUCCCCCCAGAUAAAGUCUUAAAUUUGGCUGUAGAACAUAGUGACUCUUCAGAAAAAGAACUGAAUUUUAGAGUUUUGGAUAGUUCAUAUGGAAUAACCAAGAGCUUAGAAAAUAUUUACUCUGAACCUGAGGGUCAAGAAUGUGGACUUUCUAUAAAUCCUUUGCCAAAACCUCGUAGGACAUUCAGAUAUUUAUCUGAAACUGGUGUUUUGACACAUAAAGAAAGAAACUGUAACAAAAAAUACUGUGAAAAUAAUAUUUGUGCAGAAUCUUCUUUGGCUUCUUCUCAGGAACCUGAACCAAAGAAAUACGGUGGAAAAAUUAGAGGACGAUCUAAAAGGAAAUCCUUUGAAUUUGAAGAUAUUCAGCACUUUCGAAGUCGAAAUUCACAGAGGAUCCGUGAAGAACUUGGAAGAAAUUCUGGUUCAGCACUUUAUUACACACAGUCUGAGGACAACAUCUAUGAGGAUAUCAUAUAUCCAAGCAAAGAAAAUCCAUAUGAAGAUAUUCCAGUGCAGCCUCUACCCAUGUGGAGAUCUCCUUCAGCAUGGAAGCUACCACCCCCUAAGUGUGCUUUCAAGGCACCCAAGCUUCCUCCUAAACCUCAAUUCCUUUACCGGAAGACUAUGGAACUGAAAAACUCACAGGCUUAUUUACGGUCAAAGCUAACGAAGGAUACCACGUUGCCUGUCACAUUAACUGAAUGGAAGCUUUUCCGAGCUGGAGAAGUUGCAAACAGGCAAAAGAACAAUCUUCCAAGGCUUGUAUUAAAAAUAGAUGAUAUAUUUGAAUCUAAGAGAGGGAAGAAGAGGGUGAAGUUACACCCUUGUACUGGAAAGGAAGUAGUGCCUCCUGUAAAAGGUGAAACUAGUGGGAACGAAAGUGAUGCCGAGUAUCUGCCAAAGAAUCGCCACAAGCGCUUAGCACAGCUGCAGCAGUCUUCCAAGAGGAAUCCUCACUACCAGACCUUGGAGCGGGAUCUCAUUGAAUUACAGGAGCAGCAGCUGUUUGAACUUUUUGUGGUGGUGUCUCUACAGAAGAAACCGUCAGGAAUAAGCUAUAUUCCCCAGAUCAUACAGCAGUUCCCUAGCAAGGGGGAUCAUGGCUAUAAGCAAUCCAAAGAUACUGAAGAGAGGCUCAAAGUUAUUCCCAAAUUUUGUUUUCCUGACUCAAAGGACUGGGUGCCAACCUCAGAACUCAAGAGUGAAACAUUCUCCUUUGUACUGACUGGUGAGGAUGGAAGCCGGUGGUUUGGUUACUGUAAGAAGCUCUUGCCAGAAGGCAAAGGAAAGCGACUCCCUGAAGUAUACUGCAUGGUUAGUCGCCUAGGCUGUUUCAAUCUUUUUUCAAAGAUUCUGGAUGAAGUAGAGAAGAGAAGAGAAAUGUCUCCAGCCCUUGUUUAUCCAUUCAUGCAAAGUGUCAUGGAAGCUCCCUUCCCAGCUCCUGGACGCACUAUCACAGUUAAGAGCUACCUCCCCGGGGCUGGAGAUGGGUCGAUUGAACUCUGCCGACCACUAGAUUCCCGACUGGAACAUGUUGAUUUUGAAUGUCUCUUUAAAUGCCUGAGCGUCUGUCAUCUCAUCCGAGUCUGUGCUUCUCUCCUUUUGGAGCGUAGGGUAAUCUUUGUUGCCAACAGCCUAAGUACUCUGUCAAAAUGUGGCCAUGCUGUGGUAGCCACACUGUAUCCAUUCACUUGGCAGCACACCUACAUCCCAGUUCUGCCAGUAUCUAUGAUCGACAUUGUGUGCUCACCAACUCCAUUCCUUAUUGGAAUCCUGUCUUGCUCCUUACCACAGCUCCAGGAUCUACCCAUUGAAGAGGUGCUAAUAGUUGAUCUCUGUGCAGACAAGUUCUUACAGGAGGUAUCUGAUGAGGAUGAAAUUUUACCACCUAAACUUCAAGCUGCCCUACUGCAGAUUUUGGAAGAACGAAAUGAAAUCUUGGCUCAGGAGCAGGAUUUUUCCCAAGAUGUGACACUCAACUCUCUGGUGUCUGAAGCAUUUGUCAGAUUUUUUGUGGAGCUGGUAGGACAUUAUUCCUUGAAUAUGACUGUCACUGAGCGUGGAGAGCGUGUAUUCCAAAGGGAGCCAUUCCGUAAGUCCCAUACCUCCCGAAGUGUACGCCAUUUCCUAAAUCUCUUUAUGGAGACUCAGAUGUUUGCAGGAUUCAUCCAGGACCGAGAGCUUCGGAAAAGUGGGGUUAAAGGUUUGUUUGAGGUCCGGGCCCUCCAGUAUUUGGAAACAAUUUCUGAGUCUGAGCCCAGUGGGAUGAAUAGAAUUUUGCGGAGUCUUGGAAGUAAAAUGAAGUUUCUGCAGAAGAAAUGAAAUCUUUGAUUGUUUCCAUCCUAAUUAGAAAAGGAAGUGCCAAAGAAAAUAUUUUUCUAAGGGUCGGGAUGCCCUGAAGUAUUCCACAAAAGUAUGGAAAUUUUAAAAGGUUGAAGAGCGAUUCAGACUCUUGGAGAAGGAUUCUCCUGUUGCUGUUGUAACAAUCACUGGAGAAUUGUUGGGAGUGGUCUGGAACCAAUUCUCUCUUCACUAUGCCUCAUUUUUUAUAGUGGCCUUUCCGAUUUGAUUCUUGGGCUCCUUCUUUGUGUUUUGGGCUUAGUCUGUGAAGGCAGUUGUCUUUUACAAUACAACUUGAUGGCGUUACGUUAUUAAAAAGCUCAAAGAUGAGAUAAGAGAAAUGCUGAAUUAAAGUACUGGAAACACACUAGAGAAGUGGAGAACGCUAGCCUUAUACAGAUAAUUCUCCCCACUGAAAUAUCAUGGCAGCUUUAAAUCCAUGGGCUGCUUUACCUGAGCUAAGGAAUAUACUCAUCAUGUAUCUCCUUUUUUUUUUUUUUUGUCUAAUAUGUAUUCUAGGGGAAUCUCACUUAUAUGGAAUUCCUACUUGCUAACACUAUUACUGAGUACCUGAUCAAAGUAGACAUCUUGCCCCUUAUGCUCCCCAUUAUAUGGCACUUGAGUAGCUUGUCCCUCACGUGUCAACAUUAAACUUUGUGAAUAGCUAACAGGAUAAUGUCCUUUUGUUAUUUUUCUUUUCUUUUUUGAGACAGUAUCACUUGGUCACCCUCAGUAGAGUGCCAUGGUGUCUUAGCUCACAGCAACCUCAAACUCUUGGACUCAAGCGAUUCUCUUGCCUCAGCCUCCCAAGUAACUGGGAAUACAGGUGCCCACCACAACACCCAGCUGUUUAGACGGGGUCUCGCUUUUGCUCAGGUUGGUCUCAAACUCCUGAGCUCAAACCAUCCACCUGCCUCAGCCUCCCAGAGUGCUAGGAUUACAGGUGUGAGCCACCAUGCUUGGUCCUUUAAACUAUAGGUGCCUAGAGAAGACACUUUUUAUUCCCCUAGAAUUGUCAGACUUUUUGCUCUAAUUAAAUUGAACUCAGAAUAUGAACAUUUCCUGAGCAGACACAACCUCAGCACCCAGACCCUUAAUAUCUGACAUAGUUUAACAGUAAUGAUUGGAAAGAGAAAUUUUUCCGUGAUGGUGUAAUUUUCAUUGAUAAAUCUUACUACAAAUACCAGUUUGUUUUCUUCAGCUUCUGCUCAUGGUUUUAACUGGAACAGAACAUAUUUAUUCAAACUUAGAAAACAUCAUAAAUUGUAUUGUGAUACAAUUUAUUGACUUGUACAGUAUUGUCAUUAUAACCUAUUCAGUAUGCAUGAAUCUGAAGCAGACACCAUUUAAGACUGGUGCCUUGUAAUGUAGUUCCUACAGAUGUGGGUCCAGGGAAUAGAACUGAGCCUAUGUCUGUUUUUAUUAAUGUUGAUUUUACGCAGCUCACCCCAGUGGGACUCCUACCAGACAUCAUCCCAUUUAGUCUCUUCUUGCCCUGUAACCCCGAAGGAACAACUAAUAACAAGGUGUUUAUAAAAUGGGGGUAGGAGAGUUUACUGUGGUAGAUACUGGCUAUCCCUCUGUGAGGAGACCUUUGCUUUAGAGAUGGGAGUCUUACUUUAUCCCUACAGUCAGAAUUUGCAUCCUUUCCUUGGAUCUAUUAUGUUUUGUUUUUGUAAAGUAUUAAACAAAUUCUGGACAUAUUUGUAAAAGAUUUGUAUAAAAUGUUGUUUACAGAUCCUUUAAUGAAUAAACAUAAA